AAACACAGAAAUUCUGGUUUAAUUUUUUCUUUUUUUUGUAUAUAUAAAUACAUGGUUUUUACCAUCACAAAAUGUACUUCCAUCAUUAACUAAAUAACUGGAAAAAAAGCAUAUCAUGGCUGCCAUAUUAUUGUUAGCCCUUGUGGUUACUUUGGCUAAUGCCUACGAUCCAAGCCCUCUCCAAGACUUCUGUGUUUAUGACAACACUUCUACGGUGUUGGUGAAUGGGCUGGCGUGCAAGGAUCGAAAUAAAGUGACAUCUGAUGAUUUCUUCACAUCCGGUCUCGACGGGUCCACUGCCGCAGCGGCAUUUCCAAAUUCUACCUUUAGUGCCGCAAGUGUUAGAGAAAUACCCGGGCUCAACACCCUCGGGCUGACCCUGGUUCGUAACGACUACCUGCCCGGCACCGCCAUCCCGCCUCACAUCCACAACCGGGCAACCGAGUUAGCCCUUGUUCUGAAGGGCAACAUAACCUUGGGGUUCGUGUCUGCCGAUCCCGCCACGGGUUACAAAACAAAUCGAGUCUACUCGAAAAACUGUACAGUUGGGGAUGUUUUUGUUGUGCCACAGGGCCUUGUUCACUUUGGCAUGGUUUCGAGCGAUGGGGAUGCCACUACCAUCACGGCUUUCAACAGCCAAAGCCCCGGGUUUAACUUCGUGGCUGCUCAGGUCUUCGGGAAGGGCUUGUCAUUACCUAAAGAUUUUCUGGCGAAAUCCUUUCAAGUCACAGAUCAAAUCAUUGAAGAAAUUCAAAAUCAUUUUGAAUGAUUUAUUAAUGGGGUUUCAAAACUAUAUGUUACACAUGUUUCAUGUUGCCGGACACUUUAGUUUUCUCAUUUCAAUUCCCAAAAUGUGAUGUGGUUUCUUUUUAUUAUAUUAUCUCGCAAUGUUGUUUUGUUUUAUGCAUUAAUAAUUCAUUACUACGUUGUAAUACGCCGUACAACUUCACAACCUAUGUGUUGUUUUUAUAAAAAAAUUGCCCAUGUGGCUCUUAUUGUUUCACCAAUUCCGUUCUACAUAAAUUUUACAAUUGUUU